UUCUUCACUGCCCUGUAGAGAAAAAGUAUAUUUAGUAUAGAAAGCUUUGCAUAGAAGUGAAUAUUCUGAGUUGUUAAAUCCAAUAAGACAGUUUCGUUUCUCGAGAUCGCACCAUGAGGCUUCCACCCCUUUCCAAUAUGCGUCAUUGACUAUAGUAACAGGACAGACAAGUCUCUGUUCCUUACAGUAAUGCUGAUACCUGACACCUUUGCAUACCAUAAGAGUGGCUGGACUUGAAUUUUAAUACCGGCAUCCAAACUGAACACUUGUUUCACUUGACUCUCCUGGCAACAUCUCUGGAAGAACAACAAUGUAUGCUUCUCCUCCACCGUAUGCUGUAGCACCAGCUCCAUAUGGGACUGUGGCCUACCAACCACAAGUGAUGCCAGUUCCAAUGCAACCAGCAAUGCCAGCAGCACAACCAAUCAAUAUUCAAUUUCAGAAUAUAGCUCCGGCACCACCACCACCUCAAACAAACAUCCAGAUAGUGACAGCACCAGUGGUCAGCCAGCCCCAACCAACAAAUUCUGUAGCUGAUCAAAUAGUCAUUAAUCCAGUACUUGGAGAUAAGCCGUGUCUGGCCAAGUGUCAAUACUGCCGCAAGCAGGCUGUAACAAAUGUGACUUACACAACGGGAGGAUUUGCCUGGCUGAUAUGCGUGCUGCUCUUUUUAUUUGGGGGAAGUCUCGGCUGCUGCCUCAUCCCAUUCUGUGUGAACAGCUGCAAAGAUGCACAUCACCAGUGUUCUCAGUGCAGUGCGGAAAUCUACGUUCACAAGCGUCUCUAAACAAAUGAUGGCAACACUGGAAAUACAGUCAUCUACCCAUUAAAAAACAAUUUUAUCUGUUAAUGUCAUGGGGUUUUUCUUAUUUGGUUAACUAAAAGAUGUUUUCAGUUAAGAUAUUAAGUGUAGAAUUCAAUUAUUUCUAAUAUGUAGCUUUCUUCAAGUUCACAUGUAUUAUGUAUAGAAUACAGUGAAAUUACUAUUUUCCAGUCUGGUCAAAAUGUAGCAAGUUGCACUUUUCCAGGUUCAUGAUUGGCAGAUGACUGUAGUGUUUUAUUCAGUCUUAACCCAUUGUUAUUAUUUUUUUUUCUAUUUUUUAAGUUUUGUGCCUACAUUGUGGAUUCAGUGCACACAACAGUGUGGCAUCUCAUUAAAGAUGGGCUGUAGGAACCUUUCACAAACAAGAGAGGUUAUAUACAUUAAUAAUAAAUGAGACAGAAGGUAGGCUUUCCAGAUUACCCCCCAAAAGGUCAUGACUAUACAAAUUGUACUACUGUAGUUAUAUAGUUGUGAGCAGCUUGAGAAUAAAAUGAUCCAUUAUACUGUAAAUGGGGCCUGGGAAGUUACUUUUAGGAGUUGAUAAAAACACUUGUAGCUUUGUUUUAGCCAUUCUGAGAAAGAAAUUGCUGGUACCUUAUGAAUACAUCAUCCUACAAUUAAAGCAUUUUGCCUUUUUGCAUUAUUGUGUACUAUA